ACGUGCGGAGCGCUCAAAAAAUGGCAGCCUCUUCCCGUCAAAGGAGCCAAAGCAGAAAGAGAGAGAGGGGCGUCACCGUAUCGCCCACAAAGCGGCACAGAGAAGCGGCACAGCGAGGGGCAGAUCCACCAAAUCGCUCCCCCAAAUGGUAAGUAUUAAAAUGUACUGUUGCCGGUGAGUAUUAUUUGAAAAAACAAAUGUGCCAGGAAGAGACCAAUUCGCUCUUCCGCCCAGCAACCCACUUGAAGGUACACCCCUUGCGAAGAAGUAAAUCGAGUCCACGUGAAACAAAGCAGGCAGCCCAAACGUGUGCACUACCCUCCAUGCGCAUGUUGCGCCUCUCGUGUAACCUAAAAUGAGUUAGAAAGAACAAUACCGAAGCAGUACAAAAAGUGAUACGCAAAAGAGAGAAGAUUUUUUUUUUUUUUUUCUCUCAUUUGCUGCUCACCCAAAUGACUGUGUAGAGGUUUUGCUUCCCCCAAGGGUCACCAAACGUGGCCACCUGCGUGGUUAAGCACACGGGUAGCAGCCGAGCAGGCCAUUACGCUAACGCGGCCAUAUGCCAAUACGCCAACGCGGCCGCAUGACAUUACGCUAGCACUUCCGCACCGCCACGUUCUCACCGCCGAAAUGAAAGUCCUCGGGAGGGACGAACCCAUCACCAAGUUCGAGGCCUUCCUAGUCAUCAAGAAGGAGCUGGAGUACGCCAAGCAAAUAGACAAGCACCUCUGCAGCAAGCUGAUCCUAAAGAAGGAAGACACCUUUAAAGAAAUGUACGAGAAAUAUUUUAUGAAACUCCUGUCCGAUAAAAUCCUCUACAAAGGAAUACAAAAAUAUAUAGCCGAUACAAGUCCCCAUUUGAUACCAAAAGAAUUCUACAACAAGGACCCUCACGAGCUGACAGAAAUGACCAAUAGUACUUCAGACAAAAUUGUUCAUUUUUUUAAAGAAAUAAAUAUGUACAAUUUGGAUAAGAAGGAGAAAAUACAGAUGAUCGACAUCAACUGCGUCAAUUUUGUGGACCUCUACGUCAUUAUGAACUAUGGGGAGAAGAAGUAG